AUGGCGGAAGAACGGGUCAAUGUUCAUAUUCCGUCAUACCCGGCCGUGCUCGACAGCGUGCAGCUGCGCAACAUCCAGCUUCCUCUGCCCGCCGCGCCAGACCCGUGGCACCGCCUGGGAAAGUCCCAACCCUGCACUGCAUCGCUCAAACUGUCUUAUUCGUCCGCUGUUGCGGCCGCGAUUGCUGACGACGUCUCUCUGUCUCUGGACUACGGCAAGCUAUACCGUCGUCUGGACGAGGACAUCCGCCAGAUGGGCAAGCAUGCCGAGCACCCGGGGCACCAAUUGAUCAGCGUGGAGGGAGGUCGACGAAACUCGAUGAUGGAGACGGAGGUGGGACAGGACGUACGGUUGACCGCGGCCCUCGUGGCGAACUGCGCGCUGGGGCUUCUGGAUGAAACAGCUGCGGGGGUCCGGCGGAUGUCGCAUGUGCACCAAGGGCCGAGACAUAGUAAUCUGCUUGGCACGUUCGAUUUCAGCAAUUCGUCGUCGACGUCCCCCAUUGAUGGGGUGUUCGGACAAUGUGAGGUGUGGCUGCAUCUUCCCAAGGCGUUGUUACGCGCCGACGGCGGGCUUCACUAUCGUAGCGUCACGAGGUGGGGAUAUCGCCAGCCGAAUGGCGAGACUCCGUCUGGCGAGACGUCGGAGCGGUGUCCUGUCGUUCUGGAAGAGGAGUUCCGCAUUGAGGGGAUCCGGUGUCAUUGUAUUCUGGGGGUCAAUUCACAUGAGCGCGUGGAGAAGCAGGCGGUGAUUGUCUCGUUGACGUUCCAGGGACCGGGUCAGUUGGCUUGGGGUUCCACCGUGAUGGAUACGUAUCAAGCCAUGACGAGGGCUGUCGCUGAGAAAGUUGAGACCACUACGUUCCAGACGGUGGAGGCAUUGGCGACCUUCGUGGCCCGUAUUGUGACUGUGGAUUUCAAGAACGAACGCGUGACUGUCAAGGUUGAGAAGCCGAGCGCGCUGGCAUUUGUUGAGCGAUCAGGAGUUGAGAUCACCCGAUCUCAGGCAUUCUUCGAGACCUCGGGAUGA